AUGGCGACGGCUGCCACAGGAAUCGAGCGACAGCGAGCAGGAGGCGCCGCGGCGGCAGGGGGCAGCGGAGGGCGCGGCGCCUCCCCGCGCCAGGGGCCCUCCGCCUCUCCCUCCAGCGGCGAGGACUACUGCCGCAGUGACGAGGCACACGAGCCGCCCGGCGUGAGCGCGCCACGGCGCGGCCUGGGACGCAUCAUGGAGGGGCGCGGCGCCCCGGACAGCGGAGAGGAGGGAGGUUGGGGGUCAGGGUCUGGGUCUGGGUCAGGGUCCGGGUCAGGGUGCGGGUCGGGGUGGGGCGGGGAGGGGGGUGAGGGGGGCGAGGUGUCCGUGGACGGCAGCCAGGUGGACGUGUCCCGCAGCUGGCGGUUCGGCCUGGCUCGCGAGGCGCCGCCCUCACCCCAGGGGCGCCGCCACGCCCACACUGAGAAGUCCAACUCACUGCCCGGCGCCCACUCUCGCGCCCGCCGCCACGGCCCCGCCCACGCCCUGGCCCUCCCUGGCCAGUACAGCUCCCUGCCCCGCCUGCCGCCCCGUCCCCCGAGAGCCGCCAGAACCAGGCCCACCCUCACCCCCAGCCCUCCCAACGUGCCGCCCUCAGCCUCGCCCCCGCCACAGCGCCCUGCCAUGGGCGUGCUGUGCCUGCAGCAGCAGCAGCGGUGCCCCAUGCCGCCCCGCCACGCCUCAGGGUUGCCGCUGGCGCCCCGCACCGUGGCGCCCCGGAGCCCCAGCAACCCUAAUCCACCAUACGGCUUUCCCGCGGUGGGGGCGCCCCUCACGUGCCCCGGCAGCCCAGGUUCCGUCCCGCGGGGCACGCCGCCCCCCUCGCCCCGCGUCAGCAGCCGUGCCGGCGCCCUCGUCACCAGGAACUUUUCCAUCAGCGACGACGAGUGUGGCGGAGCGGGGCGCUGGGGGGCCCGGCGCCUCGUGGCCAUCACUCGCCACGACAGUGCGCCCCGCCCUGCCCCCGCUGCCCCCACCGGCGCCGCCGGCCCCGCCGCCCCCACCGCUGCGGCCCGGCCCGUGGACCCCUACUGGCUCACCUGGAAACUUGGGGUGCUACAGAAGACGGUGGAAGAUGUGAGCGGGAGAGUGGAGGAGGCGGAGCGGGCGGUGGAGAGCUGGGGAGGCGUUCCAUCUGACCCGAAUUUGGCUGACCAGCAUUCCCACAACGUUAAGAAGUUCCGCGAGGGAUUGGUGGAGCUGCAGAGGGGCGUGGAUGACGUGAACGAUCAGGCCGCCCGCUUCUCCGCCCACAGUGUCCCGCUCACGCCCGCAAACUCCGCUAAACUCCACGAUCUUAAUACAAGGUGGAAGAAUUUAGAGACAGCGGUGAAUGACAGGUGGAGGCAGGUGGCGGGGCGGUCCAGGGAGGUCACCCCGCUCACCCCUGCCCAGCUGGCCUCCUCUGUGGGCCCCCCGUGGGAGAGAGCCACCACCAGCAAUGAUGUGCCUUAUUUUAUCAAGUACGUCGACGGGGGGGGAGGGGGUGAGAGAGAGGCACAGGUUGACAAGGCUAAAAUGCAAACGGCGACCGACAUAUUUGACGAACAUGGCUUGAGGGGGCAGAACGAUCGGCUUAUUGACAUUGGCGACAUGGUGGUGGUGCUGUCAGCCCUCUAUGGCACCAUCGCAGCCGACCACCCGGAUGUCGACACCACCCUUGCUAUGGAUCUCUGCCUCAACUGGCUUCUAAAUGUUUACGACAGCCAGCGUACGGGGCAGAUGAGGGUGCUUUCCUUCAAGAUCGGGCUCGUGUGUCUAUGCACGGGGCACCUGGAGGAGAAAUACCGAUACAUGUUCCGCCUGAUUGCCGACCCGAACCGCCUAGUGGACCAGAGGAAGCUGGGACUGCUCCUCCAUGACUGUGUACAAGUGCCAAGACAGCUGGGGGAGGUGGCUGCCUUUGGGGGUUCCAACAUUGAGCCAUCUGUUAGAAGCUGUUUCACCAAGGCUGGCAAAGACAGGGAGACUAUUGAGGCUGUUCACUUCCUGGCCUGGGUGCAGCAGGAACCACAGUCCCUGGUGUGGCUCGCUGUGCUGCACCGUGUUGCUGCGUCGGAGAACAUACAGCACCAGGUGAAGUGCAACAUCUGCAAGGCGUACCCUAUCUUGGGGCUGAGAUACAGGUGUUUAAAGUGUCUGAGCUUUGAUAUGUGUCAGGACUGUUUCUUCGACGGACGGAGUGGAAAAAAUCACAAGAUUACUCACCCCAUGCAUGAAUACUGUACUGCGACCACAGCCGGGGAGGACGUGAAGGACUUCACCAAGGCGUUGAAGAACAAAUUUAAGUCAAAACGUUCUCUUCAGAAGCACACCAAGAAAGGAUAUCUCCCUGUGCAGACUGUGCUGGAGGGCGACCCAUUGGAGUCCCCGUCUCCUUCGCCACAGCACAAUGUCACCAGCCAAGACAUGCACUCAAGACUAGAAAUGUAUGCGUCCCGGCUGGCGGAGGUGGAGCUGAGGACGACACACUCUCACGCCAACUCCACUCCUGACAGUGAGGACGAACACGGAUUAAUAGCUCAGUACUGCCAAUCUCUGAGCUCCUCGGACGCCCCCCUCCCAGUGCCCCGCUCCCCCCUGCAGAUCAUGGCCGCUGUGGAUGCUGACCAGAAGGACGAACUGGAGCAGAUGAUCAGGGCCCUGGAGGACGAGAACACAGUGUUACAAGCAGAAUACAACCGCUUAAAGUCACAGCAGCCAGUGGGGUCACCUGAGGACAGCCUGGGACCUCAGCGUUCAGAGGCAGAGAUGCUGGCGGAGGCUAAACUGUUGAGGCAGCACAAGGGAAGGCUGGAGGCACGGAUGGGCAUUCUGGAGGAGCACAAUAGGCAGCUGGAGGCACAGUUGCAGCGCCUCAGACAGCUGCUGGGAGAGACCGGCCUUGGCUCCCCCAGCAAAUCAAACACUCUGCAAACCAAGUCAGUCACAGCAAGCCAGCUAGCCAUGGACUCCCCCGCCAAGAUCAAUGGACACUCCGCUCAAGGUGGUGGUGGUGGUGUUGGAGGAGGUGGUGGUGGUGGUGGUGGAGGUGGACUAGGUGGAAUGGGGAGUGGAAGCCCCUACGAUGGACUGGACCAGCUGAGUGAGUACGUGAGGCCCCCCCCGCCCCCCCUCGGCAGUGUGGCAAAUGUGGGCAACCUCUUUUCCCGCGCAGGCGAUCUGGGGAAGGCAGUUGGCAACCUAGUCGCCACAAUGAACCAAGAGCGGGAGAGAGACUCGCAUGAAGAGGAGGAGGAGGAGGAGGAGGAGGAGCCACCCAAGGAAGAGGAGAGGAAGAUCAUGUGAAGCUGAUGAUGAUGAUGAUGGUGGUGGUGGUGGUGGUGGUGGUGUAGUGUGUGUAUAUAUAUAUUGAUUAUUAUUAUUAUUAUUAUUAAUUUAAGUUUAACACAGAGAGAGAGAGAGAGAGAAUAACAAAAAAGGUCACACGAGGUCAAGAUAAGGUCAAACUUCCCCCAGCCUUCUUAAAAUGACCUUGCCCGCCUCUUAGGGUAAGCCAGGCUGGGGUUAAGUUGUCAAGGUCACCCCAGGUCAAGAUAGGUUCAAAUUGUCAAGGUCAGCCCAGAUCAAGAUGGGCUCAAAAUAUCUUAGGUCAGGUCAAGUGUUAAGCUAGUCAAGAUAGGGUCAAAUUUGAAGGUCAGCCCAGGUCAAGAUGGGGUCAAAUUAUCUUAGGUCAGGUCAAAGUGGGGUCAAAUUAUCUUAGGUCAGGUCAAGUGUUAAGCUAGUCAAGAUAGGGUCAAAUUUGAAGGUCAGCCCAGGUCAAGAUGGGGUCAAAUUAUCUUAGGUCAGGUCAAAGUGGGGUCAACUAAGGUCAGGCUGGGAUCAAGCUUUAUCUCAGCCUAGGUCAAGAUGGGGUCAAGGCUUACCUUAGAUAGAACUUAAAUAAUACACACACACAGACAGACAGACAGGUGCUCUCUCUCUCUCUCUCUCUCUCUCUCUCUCUCUCUCUCUCUCUCUCUCUCCAGUAAAAACAUAUCACAUUUUUUAUAACUCGAAAUAUCAAGGUCAGAGGGGGGUGGUGUGCCCUUGGGGGCUGGUCAGGUUGGAAUUAUUAUUAUUAUUGUUAUUAUUAUUAUUGAGAAUUUAAAUAGAAAGAUUUUUAUAACAGAAGACAUACAGACAGACAGACACUCUCUCUCUCUCUCUCUCUCUCUCUCUCUCUCUCGUGUGAAUCAAAAUGUAAACAAGUAAAUUUUUGAAAAGCAAAAAAAAAAAAAAA